AUGGAUACCCCAAAUGUGAGAAAUGAUGAGAUAUUGACUGAUAAUCAUGGUGUAGUGCUGGGGAAUGAUGAUGAUGAUGUGGUUUUAGAGCCAGAGUUGGGAAAUGAUGGAGAUGUGGUUUUAGAGCCAGCAACGGGAAAUGAUGAUGAUGGGGUUUCAGAGCCAACGUCGGGAAAUGAUGAUGAUGGGGCUUCAGAACCAACAACGGGAAAUGAUGAUAAUGGGGUUCCAGAGCCAACGCCGGGGAUGUUCUUUAAAACUGAGAAAGAACUAAUUUAUUACUACAAGCAAUAUGGGAGACAGGCUGGAUUCGGCACAAUGACGCAAAGAAGUAAGAGGGAAGAUGAUGGGAGUGUUAGAUAUGUAACACUCGGUUGUGCCCGUGGUGGUAAGGCAAGGAAACGUGUUACCAAUAUUUCUAAACCACGCCCAACAACAAAAACUGAUUGUAAGGCGAGAAUUAAUGUAGUUUUGGCUGAUGGUGUCUUACGGAUAACUACUGUCUACAAUGCACAUAACCAUGGGUUAAGUCCACAAAAGGCAAGAUUUUUUAGAUGUAAUCGCGCAAUUGAUGAUUCCGUCAAGAGGCAGUUAGAUAUUAACGACAAGGCAUGCAUAGGUAUGUCUAAAAGUUUUAACGCAUUGGUUGUUGAAGCUGGUGGUUUUGAGAAACUUCCUUUUAUUGAAAAAGAUGCAAGGAAUUAUAUUGACAAGGCUCGACACCUUAGACUUGGUAAAGGAAGUGCUGAUGCACUUCGUGGUUAUUUUGAGAGGAUGCAGUAUAAGAAUGAUGGGUUCUACUCAUCGAUGAAUUUGGAUGAUGAUGGUCGAUUAAAAAAUGUCUUUUGGGCCGAUGCACGCAGCAGGGCAGCAUAUGAGUAUUUUGGAGAUGUUGUGACAUUUGAUACAACAUACCUAACAAAUAGAUAUUGCAUGCCAUUUGCCCCGUUUGUGGGUGUUAACCACCAUGGACAGUCAAUACUUUUAGGAGCAGGGUUGAUAUCAAGUGAAAACACUGAAACAUUUGUUUGGUUAUUUGACACUUGGUUGAAAUGUAUGCAUGGAAGGGCGCCAAAAGCUAUUAUCACUGAUCAAGACAGGGCUAUGAAAAAUGCUAUUGCAAUAGUAUUUCCAAAUACCCGGCAUAGAUACUGUUUGUGGCAUAUAAUGAGAAAACUACCAGAGAAGUUGGGCUCAUAUGCUGAAUUUAAGUAUGGUUUGAAAAGUGUAUUGCAGAGAUGUGUUUAUGAUUAUCAGACUUCUGACGAGUUUGAGAAGUAUUGGGAGGUGUUUAUUGACACUUACAAUUUGAAGGAAAAUGCAUGGCUUCAAAGUUUGUAUGCUGAGCGGAAGUAUUGGGUUCUCGUAUACUUGAAAAAUACAUUUUGGGCUGGGAUGAGCACAACUCAGAGGAGUGAGAGCAUGAAUGCAUUCUUUGAUGAACAUGUACAUUCAGGGACUACGUUGAAAGAAUUCGUCGAUCAAUUCGACAAUGCAUUGAGGAAGAAAGUAGAGAAUGAGAUGGCAGCAGAUUUUCACUCAUUCAAUUGCACAGUACCUUGUAUAUCUCUUUUACCUUUAGAGAAAAAAUUUCAAGCAGUGUACAUGAAUUCGAAAUUUAAGGAAGUGCAGGCAGAAAUAAUGGGAAUUAUCUACUCUCACUGUGUUAUUAUAAAAACAGAAGGGGCGAUUACCACGUAUCAAGUUAAUGACCAAAGGGAAGUUGAAGACGGUAUCAAGAAGUCAACUUUGCAGGCGUACUUCAAUGAAGAUGAGUGUGAGGCGAAGUGCAUGUGUGGACUAUUUGAGAUGAGAGGUAUUAUUUGUAGACACAUUCUUUUUAUUUUCGCCGUAAGGGAUGUCCAAGUGUUGCCAGAAAAGUAUAUUAUGGAGAGAUGGAGGAAGGACAUUAAACGUAGAUAUGCUCUCAUUCGAAGUAGUUACGAUGACUUAAGUGGUAAACCAGCUGCUACUCGGUAUUCAGGUUUGAUAAAAUUAUGUUACGAAGUAGCUACAAAUGCAUGUGAAAGUGAAGAUAAUUCCCUAGACAUGACAGAGAAGCUUAAGAAACUGGAAGUUCGAAAAAAGUGUUAA